AUGUCUUUUGAUCAUACUUCUUCUUUUUCUGGAGUUUUUAGUAGUAUUAAUAGCUAUUGUCAAGAUAAAACAGCUAAACUUAAAAGUUCUUUAAUAUCUAAAGGUAAUUCUGUUUUAUUGUUAGAGUCAUCUCCAAAAUCAACUAUAAUGAAUAAUAAUUUUUCAAACAAAUCAACACCUCCAAUACCACCACCAAGACCUAUUUCAAGACCAUUAUCAUCAAGUCCAAAUAUUCAAAGAAAUGAAAAAAAUAUUUCACAAUCUCAAAAUUUAUCAUUACCAAAAUUAUAUCCAGGAAUGAAUGAAGAAGAAUUUAGAGUUAAUGGACGAAAGAUGGUUGAUUAUCUUGUUAAUUAUAUGAAAAAUAUUGAGGAACGUCGUGUUGUACCUGAAAUAGAACCAGGAUAUUUACGUGAUCUUAUACCAAAACAACCACCACAAAUGGCUGAAAGUUAUGAUCAGGUAAUGAAAGAUUUUGAAAAUCUUAUUAUGCCUGGAGUUACACAUUGGCAACAUCCACGUUUUCAUGCCUACUUUCCUGCCGGUAAUUCAUGGCCAUCUAUUUUAGCAGGAAUGUUGUCAGAUGCACUUGGUUGUGUUGGUUUUUCAUGGGCAGCAUGCCCAGCAAUGACUGAAUUAGAAAUGAUAAUGUUAGAUUGGUUUGGGCAUAUGAUGGGAUUACCAAAAGAAUUUUUACCAUUUACACCAAAUGGUAAUGGCGGUGGUGUUAUUCAGGGUUCGGCAAGUGAAUGUAAUUUUGUUGCAUUGUUAGCCGCAAGAUUUGAAAUACUUAAAAAACUUAAAGAUCGUUUUCCUUUUGUUGAAGAAGGUCUUCUUAUGUCAAAACUUGUAGCAUACUGUUCAAAAGAAGCUCAUUCAUCUGUUGAAAAGGCAUGUAUGAUUGCAAUGGUCAAAUUACGAAUUAUGGAAACUGAUUCUUUAUUUCGUUUAAGAGGUGAUACCUUAUAUGCAGCUAUUCAAGAAGAUAGAAAUCUUGGAUUAAUUCCAUUUUUUGUUUCAACAACAUUAGGAACAACAUCUGUUUGCAGUUUUGAUGUAUUAUCAGAAAUUGGUCCUGUUUGUUCUGAAAAUGAUAUAUGGCUUCAUGUUGAUGGUGCAUAUGCUGGUUCAGCUAUGAUAUGUCCAGAAUUUAGAUAUUUAAUGAAAGGUAUUGAACAUGCAAUGUCUUUUAAUACAAAUCCAAACAAAUGGAUGCUUGUUAAUUUUGAUUGUUCUACAAUGUGGUGUAGAGAUAGAUUUAAAUUGACACAAGCAUUAGUUGUAGAUCCAUUAUAUUUACAACACUCUUGGACAGAUAAAGCAAUUGAUUAUAGACAUUGGGGAAUACCACUUAGUCGUCGUUUUAGAUCAUUAAAACUUUGGUUUGUCAUAAGAAUGUAUGGUGUUGAAGGUCUUCAAAAAUAUAUAAGAGAACAUGUUCGUUUAGCAAAAAAAUUUGAAGGAUUAUUGCGUAAUGAUGAAAGAUUUGAAAUUAUUGGUGAAGUUAUUUUAGGUUUAGUAUGUUUUCGUUUAAAAGGAAGUGAUGAAAUCAAUCGUAAAUUGUUAACACAAUUAAACAGUAGUGGUAAAAUACAUAUGGUACCAGCUUCAUUAUCUUCAAGAUUUGUAAUACGUUUUUGUGUUUGCCAAGAACAUGCUACAGACAAGGAUAUAGAAAUUGCUUAUGAUAUUAUAACGCAAACAGCACAAGAAAUACUUUACGAACCAUCAGAACCACCAUUAGUUGAGGAAGAUGAAACAGAAUACUAUUAUGAAGGAACAUCAAUGUAUGGUAGUACAAAUACUGGAAUUGAACGUUCUGAAAGUUAUCGAUUAAGAAAUUCUACUGAAUCUAUUCAAUCAGGAAGAGAAAAAAGUAUUGAUUCAGAUUCUCGUUCUCCAUAUGUACCCAGUCAACCAUCAAUUAAUGAUGAAUUUCUUGAAAGAAAAAAAAUAAAAAGUCUUUCUGAAAAAAGAUCAUUUCUUGUACGCAUGGUUAGUGAUCCAAAAUGUUACAAUCCUAAGAUUGUUAGACAUCUUAAUCGUAGUUCUCAUAGAAAAAUGUCGCAAGAUAUACAUCGUGAUAAUGUAUUGAGAAAAACAAUUGAAGAAAGUAAAAAAAUCAAGCCUAAAAUAGGAGGUGAGUCUUCAUAUAUGGAAAAAUCAUUUGUUGAUACACAAGAAGUAAAUGAUAUGAUAAUUGCAAUGGAACAAACCGGAAUACAACCACCUAUAUAA